UUAUCAUAACUUCAAGAGACUAUUCUUGACACUGUUGCAUUUUAGUUUUAUUAGUCGUAAUCCACAAAUAAUGUAAUCACGUACAUCUCAUUUUAUUUAAUAGAAUCAAAGUUUAUAAAUAAUGAAUCAGCUUUAGGUAACGCGAGUUAUAAAUCGGUUUAUUCCUAUUAUCUGAUACAAAUGGUCAUGGAGUUUCUGAAAGGCUUAGAACAAGCUAUGAAACUGGGACUCUCUAAAGAAUCUUUUAUUGAAGAAUCCAAAACAAAACAAAUGGAGUUAGAAAAUAUGUUAUUAGAUAAAAGACUUCAAAGUCAAACAUUUGAAAAGACUUCUGAGCAAACAUUGUCUCAGCGUUUGGAGCGACAGACCCAAGAGAAACAGGAGCAGACGUCAUUGGAAAUACGACAAAUUCAAAAUGAACUAACGCAAAUCAAUGAUACAUUGAAAAACUUCAUCGGCUUGAUCAGCUCAAAGAUUAAUAGAGAGUCACACGAAGAAAUAUUCAAAAACGGCAUUUCAGAUGGGAUGCGAUUCAACGACACGAGGGUUAAACAGUUACAGACAUCUUUUCAAUUUACGGAUUCAAAAGAAAAGAAAUUACAGAAUCCAAUGCAAUCAAUAGACACAAAAGAAAUAGAAUUAAACCAUUCAAUACCAUUGAAAGAUACAGAAGAAAUAGAAUUAAACCAUUUAAUACCAUUAAAAGAUACAGAAGAAAUAGAAUUAAACCAUUCAAUACUAUUAAAAGAUACAGAAGAAAUAGAAUUAAACCAUUCAAUACCAUUAAAAGACACAGAGGGAAUAGAAUUAAACAAUUCAGUGCUAUUAAUGAACAGAAAAGAAAAUGAAUUACCAAACAUGAUGUUAGAAUCGCAAGCCAAUGACUUGACCAUAAUGCCGAGUUUGACAAUCUUAUGUGACCUGUCAGAAAAACAGCAAGUCGUUAAUGAAGUGAAAAAAGAAAUUCAAACCAAACCAUUCAUCAAUCAAAUUCCAUCACAGGCAGACGUUUGUAGUUUGGUAGAGUUUAACAACUCUGAGGCGCCACCUGGGUGUCUCAAAAACUCGUCUCUCUUUCCUACUCCAACAAAUCCACCGUCUGUCCCAAAGAAGCGAAACGAAACGAGUGGACUAGGAAUUGCUAAAUCAAGACCUGACACAAAUCGUUUGGGAAAUCGUUUCGUCAUUACAACGCUUAAUACAAAAAGCAACGAUGCAUCCAUAAGCCAGUUUAGUGACAUUGGUAGGCAUGAAAUAACGUCAGGUAAUAAAGAACUUAGAGCAGUUGAAACAAUACACCAGCUGGAACUUGAAGAACCUUCCGUCCACAAUUGUUUCACCAUAGAAUCCUCUCAAACUUUUGCCAAGAACCACACCAUCUUUUGCACUAACUAUUACAGCACUGAGCCUGUCCCCUGUAAAGUUUGCAUAUGCCUUCAUUUUGAUAAGAUGAACCGUUUAAAUGUACAGGCAUGUGUUUCACCAGAUUCUGUAAACACUAAAUGGCCAGUUUUCUUGGUAGGAGAAGGGGAAAUCUAUAAUCCGGCGACCAAGAAAUUUUCUCAUCUUUGGACUUUUGAUUCGUGUCGCUGUUCUAAACCAGACAAUGGUCAGCCAGUUAGAGUGGACGCCGAGGUCUGCCUAAUGACUAGUUGGGCAAAUUAUAAGAAAGUUACCUACGUGAAUAUAGCACAAAGACAGUUUGUGAGGGACAAUUAUAUGAGAAUAAAAUAUCGACUGAAUGCAUACUACAAGGAAUGUUGAGAAUGUCGGCGAGUGCUACUGAUUAGCCGUAGUUUUAAUGGAAUCUUCGAAGAUGGGAGGAAGUGACAGUGUUAAUACGAAAUAGUGCCACUGUAAGGCUGCGAUCAUUUUUUCUUAUCUUAUCUUAUAAAAUACGGACGUUACUUAUAAAAAGAUGAUUACUUCCUAAGUGUCAUGCAUCUAAUCUUACAUGUUAACCAAUGACUUAAAUUCUGAUAAGUCAUUGGUUUUCCUGUCUUGCUCAGGCAACCCAUUUCAUGAUCUAAUAGCAUUAGGGAAGAAGAAGCAGUAGAAAUAUUUAUAGCUAGCAUAUAGAACAGUGGUCUUCAACCUUUUUUGGCCAACCCCCCCCCCCCC